CGCAAGAUAAAGCGAACCAAAGUUUACUUCCCUACCGAAAAAUGGUGAAGAAAUUGUAAAACAUCCGUUUCUGGGCUUUGGCACUGCGGAAGGUGAAUCUUUAAGCUGUUGUAGGCCCGUUUUGUUCUGACGAUAUUGUGGUGGUAGGUCUCACGGUAAGAGCACUGUAAGUGUGACGCGUGUUUACCGUUCGUGUGCUGCUGAAGAAGGUGCAUCAGUCUCCGCGAAGGGGAAAAAAAACAACGCAAAGAGAGAUCGAAAAUUCUAUAUUUAUCGAAAGUGGACAUAGCGUUGAGUGUGUGUUUGUGUGUGAGAGAGAGAGCGAGUUAGUUUUUCCUUUUUCACGCCAGCGAUUGUGUUGUUGCUGCUCUUGGGAUCAUCAUAGUCGUCCUCCGCUUAGUUUCGAAGCUAUAAACGCUCACAGCGUACGGUAUCGGCAAAACACAUCGCGUUGCGACCGAAAGAAACAGUCUGCCGGUUGCUGGAUCCGGCGAAUAAUUCGCGUAACUCCGGGUGCGAACGGAAGUCGGGGACGCAUCAACAGAAUAUCCGCCGGAAGCACCACCGACCGCUUCACCAUCCCCGGCUCCAGCAUCCAGGUGCGUAGGAUUUAGGAGUGAAGCGGGAUUGGCUACCACGGAGCUGGCCGGACCGAUAUCAACAUCAAGCGGUGCGCUAUAAUGAAGAGGCGCAAUGCCGAUUGUGGCAAAAUACGACGGCCCAUCAAGAAGAACAAAAUUGCGGAACAGAUUGGGAGCAACACGCUGCUCUACAUAAAAUUUCUUCUUCUAUGGGCGUCCGUAAUCACAGUAGAUUUUUUGCUCGAGUUUCGUUUUGAAUUUCUAUGGCCAUUUUGGUUGCUGCUUCGUUCAAUAUAUGACUCCUUCAAGUAUAAGGGAUUGGCCUUUUCCGUACUGUUCGUCUGUAUAGCGGUCACAUCCGAUCUGGUCUGCUUGUUUUUCAUCCCGGUGCAGUGGCUAUUUUUCGCCGCCAGUACAUACGUUUGGGUGCAGUAUGUCUGGCAUACAGAUAAAGGAAUCUGUUUGCCGACGAUAAUACUGUGGAUAUUAUUCGUAUAUCUGGAGGCUGCCAUACGAUGGAAGGACAGUCGAAAUAUACCGCAUCUAAAUCUUUGCCGGCCAUUCGCCGCCCAUUGCAUCGGAUAUCCGGUGGUGACGCUUGGAUUCGGUUUCAAGAGCUAUGUAGGUUACCGCAUACGACAACGCAAGCAGCGUGAGGUUGCAAAGGAUAACGACUUCUACAUGCAGUUGCUUCAGGAGGCAUUACCGAAGGAGGAAUCCAGAGCAUUAGAACCGUUGGCCGAUGGAACAGCCCCGGUUGGUACGGGGGGAAGCGAGCCACCGACUACACCGAAGGAGUUGGUAGCCGUAGCGAUGUCGAAUAAUAAUAAUAGUCUGAAUAACAGUAGCAGUAGCACUACGAACAACCGAAGUGAUACAGGACAGCAUAACCACCACAAUCAUCAACACCAUAAUCAUCAACAACAGCAGCAGCAUCAUACGAAUCACAGUAAGAGUACCCAAAGCUACAAAUCGUCAACCAGUAGUUCCGUAACGACAGGGCAUGCUAAUGGGCACGUUGGUGGCGGUGGCAGCUCACCGUCAUCAUCGAGCAGUACGAUGAACGGGGGACUUAAUCAUUCAUCCCAUCAGCAGCAAGGCUCUUCCAAGCAUCGGAAAAGUUUGGACAAGGAUAGCAGCACCAGCAGCAAUUCUUCGUCUAACUCAUCCAGCAAUUUUAAUGCCGGUGUUAAGAUGAACGGUGGUAGCGGUGGAGCCUUCUACCUGCCCCAAACCACCACAUUCCAGCAAAGCGGUAAUAACGGCUCCUCUAGCAGCAGCAGUAGCAACAGUAGUAACAGCGUUAGUACCACAAUCAGUACAAAAGAAAUCUCAAACACAGGAAAUCGUGGGAACGAUUAUAAUGGCAGCAUUCACUUGAAUGGCGGCUCCGUUGCAAAGGAUUUAAAGGAGAGUACCGUACAUGCAUUAACUACCCGUAAAGAUUGUGAAAAGGAGACGAAUAGCAGUAGUAACUCGGCCGGUUCGAACAGCUCGUCUUCGUCUAGCUCUGGAAAGCACGGUAAUGGACAUCUGACAGCUUCCAAUCGCUCUAAAAGUCCAACCGAUAGCAUUGCGUUAGGAAAUAAAUCCAAUGCCGGUAAACAGAAUGGCCACAUUGUACAAUACCACCAAUCGGAAUUGGUGCAACAGGUGACGGUCACAGAGAUAACAACGCCUAACACAGAAUCGAAAGGAGGCGGUAGUGGUCGUUCAGGACGCAAAAAUCGUCUGAAGAAGGCUGCCGAGCAGGCGAACUUGUCCGCGAUCGCUAAGCUGUGUGCGACGCUAGCACUCGCCUCUUCGGUGACUACGCUUACGACGACGAGUACGUCGUCAACUUCAUCCGGUGGUGGCGGUAAAGGAACAACCGUCACAACGUCUUCGUACACUACCACCGCCGGCACUGUGUCGUCUGCCUCCGUUAAAGACAAUCACCAGCACAACGGCGAACAUGUGAAGGACGUUGGUGAAGCUACCAACGGCACUACCGCCAGUGGCAACGCAGCAGAGGGCAAACCAGACAGCAGCGUCUCAUCAGCGGUGAGUGGGACGCACAAAACGACAUCAAUGGCAACGGGAUCAUCUGGUCAGGGUACAUCUAACGUGUCCUCUCCACCGGUUGCAACCGUGGUUGUCCAAAAGGUAUGUGAAACAUGUCCACGACUCGAAGGUGAGUUGAAAAAAUUGCGUGCCGAGCUAUCAUCUCACCGGCAGACAGAGAAUGAGCUGCGUCAAAAAUAUGAUUCCAACACGAACAAUCUGAAGGCAUGCCUGCAGGCCAAACAAAAGGAAUACGAUGAACUGCAAAACAGAUACCAAGAGCAUUGCAACCAACGACAGCAGGAACGACAGAAUUUGCAAACCGUCGAAAGACGGUUGGGUGAGGAACGACGGCACCGACAAUCGUUGGAGGCGCAGUUAAAUAAUGAGCGCAAGUAUCGCAAACAGGCUGAGGAAAAGGCGGCCCGAGCGGAAUGUAGCGAAGCGUGCAAAAUGAAGAAACAACAGAUGGAAAUGGAUAUUGAUAAACUGCAAAACGAACUGCAUAUCCUAGAGGAGGCCAAGCUAAUGACCGAAAACCAGGCUCGUAAUUACGAGCAAGAGAUGAGAAAGAUGGAACUGCAGUUGCGCAAUCGAGAUUCUCAGCAGAACACCGAAGUAUUGAUGAGCGCACUUGCCGCGAUGCAGGACAAGAAUGCAACGUUGGAGAAAAGCCUCUCGGCCGAAACGAGAUUUAAGCUGGACUUAUUCUCAGCCCUCGGUGGUACUAGACGGGAGGUUGAAAUACUAACUUGUUCGUUGCGAGACAAGGAAAAGGAAGUACUUGAACUUAAUGCAAAAAUCGUACAGCUCUUGGCAGUCAUGCCUUCCGAGAACCUUUGCCUGACUAGCCACGGAGGUGGAACGGGAACGGACGGUCCAUCGAUGAUGCGAUUGGCGGAUGCACCUCAACUUUUGCCACAAUCCAUGACGAGCGGGCAUCUGAAUGGAAUUGGUCAGAGCAGUGGUGGUGGAGGAGGUGGCGCCUCUGGUGCAGGAGGCGGAGCAGGAGGAGGAGGAGGAGGCAUGAGCCAACAACCAAGCCCAAUGUCGCACAUGGUGCAGAACGGACCAUCGUUCUGCAGUCAAUUAGGCAGCCUCGGGGUGCUGACGUCCACGAUGACGACCCUUCCUUCGUCGUUGGUGCUGUCCGGGCCAAACUCUAGUAACGGUAACGGUAGCAACGGAGGACAAAUAGUACAAAUGCAAAACUCGAACAACGGAGGUCCAAACACAGGCAACUGCCCCUCCGGUCUCGAUCCGAAUGCUACAAUUUAUAAGCCGAAGAACAACGGCAUGGUCGGCGGUACUGAAGCCUGACCGCAUGAGCGAUCGUUUUUUCCGCCCAGCAACAUCUCCUACUCAGCGCUAACCUCGUCAUCUCUACCGCUGUUUGUAAGCCUACCCGGUAACAACAACAUUAACACUACAUCGACUACUACCACCACCACUGUCAGCAGCAGCAACGGUUGCAACCUAAUUAGCGCCAGCGUGGCCAAUCUGGCACAACAACUGAACGCACAUCAGGCCCAUCAAUCGUCAGGCGUUUCGGCAGCGAACAGUUUACUUUCCUCGUCACAUUCACCAUCCUUGCUGUUGUCGCCACACAACCAUCCAGUUCACCUUCAAACUAAUCACAAUCUUCAUCAUCAGCAGCAAUAUCACCAGCAAAAACAACAGUCCCAUCAACAGCAUCGACAGCUUCAGUCAAACGAUCCGUUCGCUUAAUGCCCUGCAUUAGCAUAAUCAUUUUUACACCGGGAUUAUCAUUAUUCUUGAAAUCAUUCGAUAUUUUCUCCUUUGAACUUUGAGCUUGAUUAAUGUUUUAGUUUCUCCUUCCUGCAGUGGUGCAAUUUUGUAACUGGGAAGACUCUUCCUCUGCUACGCUAUUCAAUGUAAACACAAUUUUGCUGUCGAACUCUUCGGGAACGAUAUUGAUCUCAUACGAAGUAAUCUCCCAGACGAGCUGUUGUCUGUAUUUCACAACUGGUGAACGACUACGCGCUGCACACAGGUAACCUUAUGGUUGAAGCAAAAUUGAUCUGAUAUAUGUUAGUAUUUUAUUUUUUCUCCACUAAGUUCCUAAUUGAAAUCUUCUUUAAACAUUAUCCAGUGGAUACAAGAAUGUGUUUCACUCUACACUGAACAUGGCUCUGUCUCUCUUACUAGAUCGUAUCAUUAGGUAGCUUUGAAACGCACGGGGUCACACUUUAAAGAUACUUUUUUAAACAGGAUCGUCCUAAGCAUAUCCGCGGCUUAUUGUUUCACAUUGGCACCGUACUUAAGAAUGUUUUCAUCUAUUCCCAAAAUCGAUCUGAUAUGUUAGUAUUUUAUUUUUUAUUUUCUUCUACUAAGUUCCUAGUUUGAAUUUUCUUUAAACAUUAUCCAGUGGAUACAAGAAUGUGUUUCCCUCUACACUGCAUAUGACUCUGUCUCUCUUACUAGUUCAUAACAUUAGGUAGCUUUGGACCACUCGGUGUCUCACUUUGAAAAUACUUCUUUAAAUAGGAUCGUUCUUAGCAUUACCCUGGGCUAUUGUUUCAAAUUGACACCGUACUUAAGAAUGUUUUCAUCUAUUCGUUCAACAGCGUGAUCUUUUUUCAUUCUGUACUUAUCUACUCACUUCGUCUGCAAAACUGAACUACUACCAAACUUUUUGUUCAAGCUUUGCUCAAGCGGCUGUUAUUUUGACGAAUCGCUUUUUUUCUCCGAAAACAAACAACGGCAAAAAUGGAUUGUUAGUAGCAUCAAAUCCCUUUUCUUUUUCUUAUUUUUUUUAAAUAUUAAAUUAACAUAAAUUAAAGAUGAAAAAUUCGGCACAUAACCGGUUUUUGCUGCUGGAAAUGUUUAUGGUCGUAUUCAGCUGUGUUUCCAUACAUCCACUGGUAAACGCCACAAUGCUUAGCCAACCGGUUUGUAACCUGCAAACACAAACAUGAAAAUGAGAAUUAUCUUGCCGGGAAAGAGGAAAAUGCAGACAUAAUGUUGUGAUAUUCAUAUUACUUAAAUAUAUAUAUACACGUACAAUAUAUAUAUAUAUAUAUAUAUUCUUACAUAUAUGUAUUUUUACAAUUAAUCAUAACUCUAGAUUAUUUAUCAUGUACACACUCGAGCGCGAUUUGGUGGCAUCAACUAUUGGCGCUAAUCGAACUACACUUCCACCACCACAUACCUUUGGGGAGAUAUCCUUUGGAGUUAAAUGUUACUAUGAAUUUCCUGCUUAAUUUUGAGUAACAUGCAAAGAAAACAUUGAGGAUCUUAAUUUAAUUAACGAGAAUCAGUUACUCUUUCCUUGCCAACUUCAUGCUGCUACUAGUACUGAUAAGCUUUGUGCAGACGAUAGGAUUCUAAUCGCUUUUUUGCGAGUGCAGCAUCUGAUGCUGAGUGACUUUUUGCACACCUCAAGUCCCAUAAACAAGUUGAUGUCAUUUUGUUUCCAAUAGUCUCGAACUUGAUGAUGCUAAUAUAGCUCACAGUAACACUGAGAUGAAGUACGACUGCAUCUAAUUUAAAUCAACUGUUUCUGUUAAGUAAAGCGUUUAAAAGUUACUAAUUUGUUUACAAAGACGAAUUAAUCUGUCUGAACUGCACCAAAAUUAAAGAGUUAAAAAGAUUAAAAGAAAUUAUGUUUAAGAAUUGUUGCUGAUUUUUCACAUUUGUUUGUUCUUGAAUAUAAAGGAAAAAAAUAAUUCUAAUCAUUUUCCAGCAAGUCUCUUAGAAAAACACAUGAAUGAGCUGAACUAGCUUGUCUGUUGUGUAUUGAAGUCGUACUGCAACGAAUAUAUGAUGAAAGGCAACAGCUAACAAAUUUAUUUUAUGUUAUAUGUUGUCUGUCUAUUACCCUUUUCGCAAAAAGUGCUCAUAACGCUCAGUGUAACCACGAAGAAGUCUUUCAUUCGUACAAAGCCAAUCGAUUUUAAGUUCAAUUUCGUUUUUUUAAAGCAUAGUUUCGUUUUUGUUCGUGCAUGACGGGAAAAAUGAUUCAGACGUAGUCGUUCUGUCUUGCGCUGUCGCUAACUGACCCGUUUGAGUUGCUUUUAUAUCACAACAAAUCGAUUGCAAUUUCCGCAAUCGAAAGCGUCGCUGCAAACUUUACCGUUGAGCGCGUAAGGCAACUUUGUGAAAGCUGAGAUUAAGUCUGCUCUGAUAGCUUCUCAAGUUCGAGCCUGUGUCGGAUGGGUGAGUAAAAAAGUACCAACAACAUCCACGUAUUGUGCUGGGUAACGAAACCGACCGAAAUUACAAGCUAAUAGGAAAGGAUAUAAUUUAUCGAGGAACAUAAUUUGUAAAAUGCGCAAAGACCGCAAACCAUGACAACAAAAGCACUAACGUAAGAUAAAUAGUAAAGUGCGUAAAAAGGACAAAAGUAAGUAUGCAAAUCAUGACAACAAAAGCACUAACGUACGAUUACAUUUGAAAAAUAAAUAGGAAAAAUGGAGAAACACGCGCGUAAUGAAACUUGUAUUAUAGGAAGAAGCAAGUAGAGAGAAGCAGCACACCGUGGUAGAGAGACAAUUAGUAAACGAUAAGGAAAUACACUUACACUGACCGCAAAUACCACAUACUGCAAGAAAUAUCGAGAUUGAUUAUGAAUUGAAACAAGUGAAAAUAUGAAAAAUCUAAAAAAUUGACAGAGGGAGAAAGAAUAUGGUGUAAUCACACUAAAGAAAAUAAAACAGAAAGUGA